ACGGCCGUUACGCAACGGUAACGGCCGUUAUCGGCCGUUACCAGCCGUUAUGUAACGGCCGUAACGGCCGUUACUUUACUUUAUAUCAGAAUCUUGCAUUAUUGUCCAGCAACCAGCAGCUCCAGCAGCUUCAGGAAUCUUGCAGAGUUUGUCCAGCAGCUCCAGCCUGUGCUUCACGUGAAAAAUCUCUACCUUUUCUACUUCUUUUUAUUCUCUUCCAUCCAGCACUUCUGCACUUGAGUCUCUCCAGCAGGCAGCACUUCUUCUCCAUUUCCUCCAGCCUCCAGUCCAGCAGGCAGCAACCAGCAAGCACUUCUUCUCCUCCAUUUCCUCCAGCCUCCAGCAAGCAGCAGCAGCACUUCUCCUCCAUUUCAAUUCUUCUUCUUCCAUAGUUUUUUUCUUCCAUAAUCCAUACUUAUUUCCAGCCUCCAUUGAGUAUAUUAUUUGAUAAUUUGAAAAUGCCGAGAGGGGGAUCUGAUAAACCAAGUCAAGAUAUUGGAUGGAAUUUUGCCACUCCUACGGGAAAAAAAGGAGAAAUGACCUGUAAUUUUUGUGGUAAAAAAAUAACUGGGGGGAUAACUCGCUUGAAGCAGCAUUUGGCAAAUAUACCGGGGCAAGUUGCUGGUUGUCAAAAAGUUUCUGCGCAAGUAAAAAAAGACAUGGGAAAUAUGUUGAGGGGUUUUGAAGCUGCAAAAAGGGAUAAAGCAAAGAGGGCAAGGGAGUUGGAAGAUGAAAUCAUGAAGAUGACAGAAGUUAAGGGUUCAGAUUCAGACGAAGAAGAUAUCGAACUAGAAAUUGCGAGACGCGAAAGCAUGCGGCAGUUUGAUGAAGAUGCUUAUAGAAGGAGAGCUUCUCAUUAUGAAAGUGGUGGGAGUAGCCAUCAAGCUCCUCCUCGCUCGGGAAUUAGUCGUUCAGCGACCGUUCGUGAAAGAGGUAGAGAAGCAUCAAGAUUUGUCGAGCAAACAUCAACACCUGCUUCUAGAUUAGCAGCAGCUGAAAUUGAAAUAGAAAAGAACAGAAGUCAGAAACAAACAAAGAUUAAAACCAAAUGGCUUAAGUCGCAGAAAGAAAAGUUGCUUAAAGCCUUUGGUAAUUUUGUUAUCCACAACAGAUUACCUUUUAGUGUGGUUGAGUCACCAUGGACAAAGCCAUUACUCAGAACGGCCGCUGAAGUGGGACCUAAUGUAUCACCACCUUCAGCAUAUGAGAUCUCUGAAGUAUACUUGAAAAAUGAAUACAAAGAAAUGAAGAAAUAUAUUGCUUCAUUUGAGGGCAUGUGGAAUGAAAGAGGAGUUACCAUUAUGUGUGAUGGAUGGAGCGGGCCAACCAGAAUGAGUAUAAUUAAUUUUCUAGUCUACUCUCCUCGUGGAACAGUGUUCCAUAAAUCCAUAGAUGCAAGUAAUGUUGAACGAAAAGAUGGAGAAUAUUACUUCAAGAUCAUGAAGGAGGUGGUUGAAGAAAUUGGCCCAAGCAAAAUUGUCCAAGUGGUGACUGAUAAUGAAGCUGCUAUUAAAUCUGGUGGCAAAAAGUUGAUGGAGAAGUUUCCAAAUUUGUAUUGGACAGCAUGCAGUGCACAUUGCAUUGAUUUAAUUUUAGAAGAUUUUGGAAAGAGGAAGAAUAUAAAGACCGUCAUUGAGCAAGGAAAAGUUAUCACCCAAUUUAUUUACAAUCAUAAUUGGGUGGUAAAUUACAUGAAGAAAUUUACUGAUGGUCGAGAUAUAAUUCGCCCCGGGAUUACUAGAUUUGCAACUAAUUUUAUUGCAUUGGAAAGUCUUCUUCGAUGUAGAACGGGGUUAAGAAACAUGUUUGAAUCCGAGCAAUGGGUAGGAAGUAAAUAUGGCCAGGCUACCAGUGGACCAGCUUAUGAAGCUAAGAAAAUUGUUCUUAGCUUGGAUAGAGAGGGAAGAAAUUUUUGGGAGAAAGCCGAGCAAAUUAUGAAAAUUCAAGAGCCAUUGCUUAAAGUGUUGAGAUUAGUGGAUGGUGACGAAAAACCAACAAUGGGAUUUAUAUAUGAAGCAAUGGAACGAGCAAAAUUGGCCAUUAAGCAAAAUUCCAGAAGUUACAUAGACUACUGGAAAAUUAUUGAUGCUCGUUGGAAUUUUCAAUUACAUCAUGAUUUGCAUGCAGCUGGAUAUUUUUUGAAUCCUCAAUAUCAGUAUGGUCCACACGAUAUUGGAAAUGAUAGUGAAAUUAUGGCAGGCCUUAAAAAUGUUAUUCAAAGGCUAGAGAGUGAUUUGGUAAAUCAAGCCAAUGCAUUGAACCAAACACAACUUUAUAAGCAUAAAAUGGAGAGUUUUGGGUCCGCCUUGGCACAAAAAGCCAUUAAAUUCACUGAUCCAGCUGAAUGGUGGAUACAUUAUGGUGAAAGUGCUCCUGAACUACAGAGAAUUGCAGUAAGAGUGUUGAGUCAAACUACUUCUGCAUCUAAUUGUGAAAGAAAUUGGAGCACUUUUUCACUUAUACAUACAAAGACGAGGAACAGAUUACGGUAUCAAAAAUUGCAUGCACUCGUCUUUGUUCACUACAAUAUGCGGCUGAAGUUGAGGAAUUUGAGCAGAAAGAGUCAGCAUGAGCUAGAAAAGAGUUAUAAUCCAAUUAAUUUGGAUUACAUUUUCGAGGAAGAUGAUCCACUAAAUCCUUGGUUGGAGGAAAGGGAAAGUCCUGUACUUGAUGGUGAAGAAAAUCCUUGGCUAGAGGAGGAUGAGCCCGCUCCAUCACAAUCACAACAAGUUAAUGCUCCAACUCAUGGACAUAAUAUUGGAGGCAGUGGUGAUGUUGAACCUGAAGAUUCUUUUAAACUAUCUAGUUCCAGUGAUGAUGAUGAUGGUGGUAGUGGUCAGGGUGGAAGAGGUGAAGGUCGUGGAGCUACUAGUUCAUUACAAUCACAUGAUGAUCCCUCUUCAUAUCAGAGGCAUAGUCCAUCUCCAUCUCCAUCUCCAGCUCCAGCUCCAGCUCCAACUUUGCAACAUACAUAUCACAGAUCCCGUGGUUCUGGUGGUAGCAGUGAUAAGGGAAAAGGUGUUGCACAUGGAGAGUAUUCUAUGGAUGCAGAUAAUUAUGGAUAUGGGACUUAUGGUGCAAGUGAAUCUUCAAUGGAAGCAACCUCUACUAGUGAUUAUGGAUAUAGAGGAAAUUUUCAAUGGGAAUACUCAAAUUCAUAUCCAUAUCAGUCUCCUCCAUCGUAUUCUGAUUUACCUUUGUCAGAGCAAUCAUUCUCCCACACUCAAACCCAAUCCAAUCCUAGUGAUCAAUUUGGUAUGGGUUCAUUCUUCAGCUUUGAUCCAUCACAAUACUAUCAAUAUCAUCAAGAUCAAAGCUCUCAAUCACAAAAUGAAGGUAGUGGAUCUACUCAAGAACCUGCUAGACGCUCAUUCUGGUGGUAAUUGAGGUAAGUUACUACAUAUAAUGUUUAAAAUUUAUGUAUUUUAUGUUUAUUCAAUAUAUUUGUACUUGUUUAUAAGUUGUAUAACUUAAUUUUCGUUAUAUCUUUCAAUAUAUUUUAAUUUCAUGGACUUUACAAAUUUUCUAAAAAAAUUUGAGCCGCGACAGGCCGUUACCGUUACGUUAUGACCGUUACAGGCCUGUUUCCGUUACCCGCGACCGCAAUCGCGAA